UGAAUGUCUUUCCUGAUAUGAAGUCGAAUCAUCAAUAUCGUGUGUUGACGUAUUCCCGAAUAUUUUUGUUGUCAAUCUACUUCUACAAUACCUGUGAACUACGUCACGAAUUUGAUGUGUGGAAGACAAUAACCAAGUACAUGUACUUCGACCACGACCUUUGCCAUGACUCGCCAUUCAAUCGAGUCAAGCUCUCUUAAGGAAAACAAAGAUCGUGAAGACAUGCAAUCAAUAGACCGAUCAGACGUUGAGGACCGGCUGCCAUCAUCUUCAUCUGACAUUGAAUCAACAAGACCUACCACAUCUCAGAAAAGUGCUCCCCCAUUCUCGGCAGGAACAGUAUCGACAUCACAACCACCACCUCCGCCGCCACCACCAAACGGAGGAAUCUACGCUUGGACCUGCACUGCAUGCUGCUUCCUGAUCAAUGCACAUACCUGGGGUCUCAACUCUAGCUACGGCGUAUUCCUCGCUAGUUACCUCGCAAACAACACUUUUGGUCGCAACGUCAGUUCCCUGGAAUAUGCCUUUGUGGGUGGACUUUCGAUUUCAUGCGCCAUGUUGGUUGCUCCACUGGCGACCUUGAGUACGCGGUAUUUUGGUACAAGAGUGACGCUGCUCACGGGAGUCUUCUUCGAAACCCUGAGCUUGAUCGCCGCGUCAUUUGCAUCACAGAUCUGGCAUCUAUUUCUCUCGCAGGGAGUGUGCUUCGGCGUUGGCAUGGGAUUUCUGUUUGUCGGAUCUGUAUCCAUCGUACCACAGUACUUCACCACUAAACGAUCGAUGGCCAAUGGAAUCGCAGCCGCGGGCUCCGGAAUUGGUGGUCUUACCUACUCCUUGGCGGCAGGAGCGAUGAUUCGAUCGAUAGGUUUGGCAUGGACGUUCCGUGUCCUAGCGAUUAUUGCAUUUACGGUCAACACAACCUGCGCCCUAAUCAUUCGCGAUCGCAACAAGAUCAUUGGCAGCUCACAGUCGGCUUUCGCGGCAGCGCUUUUCAAGAGAGUGGAGUUUCUCCUGCUCUGUGCAUACGCUUGGUUCAGCAUGUUGGCAUACGUUGUGCUUAUUUUCAGUCUUCCCAACUACGCCAAUGCUAUUGGCCUCAGUGCGUCACAGGCAUCGGUUAUUGGAGCACUUCUUAAUCUCGGUCAGGCGAUCGGUCGGCCGCCGAUAGGAUACUUCAGCGACAGUCUAGGCCGCAUCAACAUGGCGGCUCUGACGACCUUCCUCGCCGGAUUCUUCUGCUUCGUCAUCUGGAUUCCUGCAAAUGGCUAUGGAGUGCUUAUUGCCUAUGUUCUGAUCGGCGGUACAGUCGCGGGCACUUUCUGGACAACCAUCGCACCGGUCAUGGCAGAGACCGUAGGACUGAAGCACGUUCCGUCCGCAUUGAAUCUUCUAUGGCUCGUGAUAGUCCUACCUGUAACGUUCAGCGAGGCAAUUGCACUGGAGAUUGUCGAUGGCACGGGGGGCUAUCUCGGCACGCAGCUAUGGGCAGGCUUCAUGUUCGUGGCUGCCGCAUUGUGUCUGGUCGCACUUCGUGGAUGGAAGAUCGGUGAACUGGAGGAGAUCGCAAAAUUAGAAGGACUGAAGGGAGAGAAGCUAGAUCCAGUCGUUGCUGAGGCUGAGGCUGGGGAGGAAGUUGCGCAUAGAGCUCGAAUCGCCGGCCGUCGUUCAAUACUUGCAAAUUUCUGGAGGUGGCGCAAGGUCUGAGGAUAUCUGUGUUCGGUCUUAUAGAAUUUAGCGGUAUCUAGAGAAUUUAUGAUAGAAUCCUGGUUGAUAGA